AUCUCCGAGCGGCUUACAUCCUUUAGGUGCUCUACUACCUCCUGGUGCGCUGCCGCCUGCUCUAUCAUCUUGUCUUCAGCUCCUCCCCGGCCCCUCCUCCUCCUCCUCGUCUUCUCCUCCCUCUCCCCCUCCUCCUCCUCCUUCCAACUCCUCACGUAUAGCAAGGGCACGUCGCAACUCCCCUUCCCUCCGUAAAGCAGCCAACCACGGGCACAAAAGCUCUUUCUUCUUCUCCUUCUUCCAACAGAUAGCAAUUAUGGCUCUUCACUCCCCUCCCUCGGCAAAGCAGCCUUCCACAGGCGAGCACCACCGAGCGGAAGAGCUCCAAAAGGGGGGCGCCGUGGCGUUCAUGGUGCUCACCUUCAACUCCGGCCUCGCGGCAUACCUCUUGUGGGGCGACGUGGCGUGCGUGGCGUCCGUCGGGGUGACCUAUGUGCUCCUCGUCCCCGUGUUCGUCAGGCGCUUCGGUUGGUGGGAUGCGGGAACCCACCGCGGAGGAAGCAGCUUGAUCAGCUGGCUCUACGUGUUCAUCAUCUUGCUCUCCCUGUCGCUCGGGGUCUUUCUAGCGUCCAGGCUCGCGCGAACAGCAGCACCCUCCACAUCGACGGCGCUGCUCGUGGCGGCCGCUGCCACGGCGGCGCUCGGAGGCCUCUGCUCGUAUUUGCUCCACCGGCGUAGCGGGUCUAAGCAGGAGCACCAGAAAAUGAUCCUGCCUCUUAUGCAAGAGUCAAGCAGUUGAUUGGAUAAUAUGAAUAUCUCGAGUGAAGUGUAUGCAUGAUUGUACUUUUUCUGAGGAGAUGGGCUGAACUCUCACUGUAAUACUCCCGAUAUAUACAUAAGCCAAAAAUCUAAAGGGGGCCGAUCCCUGAUGCUACUAGCUAUAACAGUAGUGUGCUGUUAAAUGGUUUGUACCGUAAAAUGAUUUUUUAAAUAUCUCCUCCUUCAUAUGUACGCAUUUUAA